AUGGUUGCAAAUGAUGAAAAACACCUAAUAGAUCUUCAUCGUGCUCCAUCAUCAAAAUCAUCUUUUAAAAGAGUUAUCACUACCACCCUUCUUUUAACCUUUGGUCUCUUUGGUUCCUCAUAUUUCUUAUAUUCAUCGCAUUAUUUACCAUCAUCAUCAUCAUCAUCAAAUAUCAUACCUUGGUGGUCAACCAUUUAUAACACUUAUACCAAUACUUCCAAUGAUAAUGCAAAUACCAAUCAAAUACUAAUCCCUCUUAAUAAUCAAAUCUUAUCUGUCGAAUCUAUAGACUUGGACGAUAUUCAAAUUGAUGGUAUUAAAAAAUUAGGGUUAACUCCAAAAAAACCUAUAAAGGUAAUUUCAACUGAAAAGGGAGAACAAAUCAUUCAUGGUAGAUUCUUACAUUUAACUGAUUUCCAUCCUGAUCCUUAUUAUAAAGUAGGUUCAAAAACUGAUGAACUGUGUCAUUCUGGUAAAGGUAAAGCUGGGAAAUAUGGUGAUGCAAUUUUAGGUUGUGAUGCUCCUAUGAUUUUAAUGGAAGAUACUAUUAAAUGGAUUGAAGAGAAUUUAAAAGAUAAAAUUGAUUUUAUUGUUUGGACUGGUGAUAAUAUCAGACAUGAUAAUGAUAGAGAAUAUCCUAGAACUGAAUUAAAUAUCUUUGAAAUGAAUGAACAAGUUAGUGAUUUAAUGUAUAAAACUUUUAAACAUGAAAAUGAUCCAAAUUUAUUAGUUGAUUUAAUUCCUUCCUUAGGUAAUAAUGAUGUUUAUCCUCAUAAUUUAUUUAGUCCAGGUCCAACUUUACAAACUAGAGAAUUAUUUAAAAUUUGGAAGAAUUUCAUUCCUCAAUCUCAAUUACAUAUCUUUAAUAGAGGAGCUUAUUUCUUUCAAGAAGUUAUUCCUAAUCAAUUAGCAGUUUUAUCCAUCAAUACCCUUUAUUUAUUUCAAUCAAAUCCUUUAGUGGAUAAUUGUGAUAAAAAGAAAGAACCAGGAUAUAAAUUAUUUGAAUGGUUAGGUUAUGUUUUAAAAGAAAUGAGAUCUAGAAAUAUGAAAGUUUGGUUAACUGGCCAUGUUCCUCCUAAUGAAAAAAAUUAUGAUAUCUCAUGUUUAAGAAAAUAUAUUGUUUGGUCUUAUGAAUAUAGAGAUGUUAUAAUUGGUGGUUUAUAUGGUCAUAUGAAUAUGGAUCAUUUUAUUCCAUUAGAUUCUGUGGCUGCUUAUAAAUCAAUUAAAAAAUCAUUAAAGAAAAAGAAGAAGAGUAAAAGUAAGAGUAAAGACAUUAAAAAGAAGGCUCAUGGUAAAGAAUUCGAUUUAAUGGAUCUUAAUGAUGAUGAGGAUUAUUCUGAUUAUGAAAAUGAUACUGAUUUCGAAGAUCAUUUUAUCAUCAGUGAUUCUGAAUCUGAUUCUGAAUUUGAAUCUGAUUCUGAUGAUGAAGAUGAAAUAACUCACCCAUUAGAAGAAUCCAACAUCUUUAAAGUAUUGGAUAAAAACUUUGAUGAAGAUUUCUUUAGAAUUCAAGGUGGUGUACCAUUAAAGAAAGUUAAAUAUAUGGAAUCUUUAAGAGAAGGAUUAUAUGCUGGUAUUAAAGGUAAAAAGAAGAGUGGUAUUUCUGCUGAACGUUAUUCCUUAGCCUUUGUUACUGCUAGUGUGGUACCAACUUUUAAUCCUGGUUUAAGAGUUUGGGAAUAUAAUAUUACUGGUUUACAAGAAAGUUUACAAUCAAAAGUUACUUUUGCACCUUGGGAUGAAUUCUUUACUGGGUUAGAUACUAUGUUACAAAGUUUUGAUAAAUAUGAUCAAGAACAUGAAAAUGAUGAAGAAGAUGAUGAUUUCAAUAUUGAAGCUAAUGAUGAUGUUUAUACCAUUUUAAAGAAAAAGAAAGAUAAGACUUUCCCACCUGAAAAACCAGAUUCAUUAGGGUUAGGUCCAGGUUAUGUUCCUCAAACUUUCACUCCAGAAAGAUAUGUUCAAUAUUUCGCUGAUUUAGCUGCUAUAAAUAAAGAUAAGAAACCAUUUGGAUAUGAAAUUGAAUAUUCAACUGAUGAUAAAUUAAUCAAAAUGGAUACUUUAUUAACUGAAGAAUGGAUUAAAUUUGGUAGAACCUUAGGUAAACCAAUCAAAGAUGAAAAGAAGAAAGAAAAGAAAGCAGGUGAAGAAGAUGAUAAAAAGAAGAAAAAGAAGAAGAAGAAGAAGAAUAGUAAGAGUAAACCAUUCACCAAUCAAUUGAAAGAAGAAGAAUUACAAUUGAUUUGGAUGAAUUAUUUAAAGAAUACAUUUGUUAGUUCUGAUUAUGAAAACAGAGGUUAUGGUUAA